AUGAAGUUCGGAGCUAGUGUUGCAUUCUUGGCUGUCAGCCUCUUCAGUGCCGUCCGUGGUGAUGCCGUACCAUGGGAGCGUAUCGACAAGAACGACUCGCUUUUGCUCAUCCUCGAUCUCCAGGUCGGUCUUUACCAGCUUGCUCGUGACUGGGACCCCACUCUGUACAAGGAGAAUAUCAUGGCCCAUGCCGAGCUUGGCAAACUAUUUGAUCUGCCAGUCAUCAUGACUACAUCUGCGGAUACCGGUCCAAAUGGUCCUCUUCCUAAGGAGAUGCUUGAGAUGUACCCCAACGCCCCUCUUAUCCGCCGUCAGGGUGAGGUCAAUGCAUGGGACAACCCCGAAUUUCGCGCCGCCGUCAAAGCCAGUGGCAAGAAGCAGAUCAUUGUUGCAGGUAUCGUCACUGAUGUCUGCACCGCUUUUCUCGCCUUGUCUCUGCGCGCCGAGGGCUACUCUGUGUUUGCAAACGUUGAGGGUUCAGGUACCACCACGCAGCUCAUCCGCGACACCGCCAACUCUCGCAUGGAGAAGGCUGGUGUCCAGCUUGUUAGCCUGUUCUCGAUUGUCUGCGAUCUGAUGCGUGACUGGCGCGCCACCCCUGGUGCUGGCGAGGCCAUCGAGAACGGUACAGUCAUUCCUGGCGAGGCCGGUUUAAUUACCGGUCAGAACGGCACUGUUCUCAUUUGA